CUUCCUUCUGAUUCCAGUUUCCUUUCUUCAUCGCUGUCGGGGAAAAAGCUGAGAGGAGAAGACGAACUCCUCAGAUGUCCGUGUUAACUUUCUCAUUCUAGUAAAUCAGGGCAGAAUUUCUUCACAUUCGGAUUAGGGAUGUUCUUUUCUGGAGAUUCGACUCGUAAAAGAGUUGAUUUAGGCGGAAGAAGCUCGAAAGAAACAGAUAGAAAGAAGGUAUUAGAACAAUCACGAUUAGAAAGACAACGUCGACAAGAAUUAAAGCAGAAAAAUGCUUCUGCACUCAAAAUUCAGAAAUGCUACAGAGGGAGGAAAGUUGUAGAAGGUGAAAGGAAUAGAGUGAGAGAUGAAUUUAAGUUAACUUACGGAGAGAAAUGUCAAAAGGUAGACAGGCGUUGUUUUGACGUUGAUUCGGGUUUUCUUAGUAAGUUAUUGUUUUUCUUCAAAGCAAGUAAUGGUGGCGACUUUUUGGUUCUUGUGGAGACCUGCAGAAUCCUUCGUCGGCUUGCUUUAGACAGUGGGGAUUUGGUUAGCCUCUUUGCAAGCACAGAGUAUUCCUUAAAGCGAGCGGCAGUGGAACAUAGAGUGAAGCGUUUAGCAAAUAUUUGUCUUCAGGCAGUUCAUCAGAAUAGGUAUCAUCUAAAAGACCAGCUUAUGUUGUCGUCAGAGUUUUCUGAUACUCAUACAGUUGUCUUGCUUGAGGCAGUGAUCCUGUUGACGAAUUCGAGUCUUCCCUGGGCUUGCAUAGUUGCUUCUCAUCUUCAACAAACACAUGCAUUUGCCUUGUUGAGAGACAUCAUUCUUACGGAAGCUUAUAUUGUGAAGACUCGAGGUGCUACCGGGAAAGGAGCAUCUUCUUUAGAGCAUGUCCUUACCCUUAUUGUUCGUCAGAUUGGUGAACAACGACGAAUUUGCUCUGUCAAUGAUUCUCAGUGGAGUUUCUCCUCACAAAUUCUUACCAUUCCGUUCUUGUGGAGACGUUUCUCAUACUUAAAAGAUGUCUUUGCAACUCAAGGGUUGGUUGACCAUUAUAUUCAUGAGAUGUCAUUAUGUGUGCGUAGUCAUACCUAUGUUCUUCCUGAUGAUAUCUCGCGUGAGUUUCCAGGGUAUGCUUGCCUACUUGGAAACUUCUUAGAAGUUGCUGGGGUUUCUUUGUCUCGACCAAACUGCUCAUUCGACAUGGGCAUAGACUUUGCUACUGUUUCAACAUUUUUGUUGGAGGCGUUGCCGCCGUUAAGAUCCCUGGAUACAGACAUCGGUGGAAAUUCAACUCCGAACGAGGAUGAAAUGGAUGUUGAAGAGGAAGUUAAAGAAACUAUAGUUAUGGAUCUUGAUUUGGAACGGCAGAUUUCCAAUGCCAUCAAUCCACGCCUUCUUCAGCAAUUGGUAAAUGUUCUAUUUAGAGGUGCCUCACUGCUUAAUGGUCUAGAAAGAGGUUUGCCACAUGAUCAAGAGAUGGCAGCAGUUGGUGCUGUCUGUUCUUUCCUGCAUAUUACGUUCAAUACCGUACCUGUUCCUUUCCUCAUAACUGGACUAGCCUACAGAACUGAGCUUGUUCAGAUUCUCUGGAACUUUAUAAAGCGCUGCCAUGAGAACCAAAGGUGGCCGGCAUCGACAGAACUAACAGCUAACCAUUCUGGCGAAGUUCCUGGUUGGCUAUUACCACUAGCUGUUUUCUGUCCUAUAUAUACGCAUAUGCUCCUGUUAGUCGGUAAUGAUGAAUUCUAUGAGCAGGAGAAGCCACUCACGCUAAAUGAAAUUAGGAGCUUGGUCAUUAUUCUUAAGCAGGCCUUGUGGCAACUGCUAUGGGUAAUUCCUUCUAAAUCUCCCAAUGUGACGAAAACUGCAGUUGAUUUCUCUUCACAAAAGAAACACUCUACUGUCUUCUUGCAACACAGGGUUAACAUUGUUACUUCUGAGCUCCUAACUCAGUUACAAGAUUGGAAUAAUAGGAGACAGUUCACAACACCCAGUAAUUUCCAUGCUCAGGAAGCAGUUGACGAGCUUUUCAUCUCUCAAGCUCUAACUGAAAAUUCCAGAGCGUAUGAUAUAUUAAGACAAGCUCCCUUCUUGGUUCCGUUUACUAGCAGGGUUAAAAUAUUUACGACACAAUUAGCGGCCUCGAGGCAAAGACAUGGACAGCAUGUUGCUUUCACUAGAAACCGAUUCCGAAUUAGACGCGAUCGAAUUUUUGAAGAUGCUUUCAAUCAACUGAGUGCACUAUCGGAAGAAGAUCUUCGAGGAGUGAUCCGUGUAACCUUUGUUAAUGAGUUUGGAGUGGAGGAGGCUGGAAUAGAUGGUGGUGGUAUUUUUAAAGAUUUCAUGGAGAAUAUCACUCGAGCAGCCUUCAAUGUUCAGUACGGGUUAUUUAAGGAAACAGCUGACCACCUUUUAUACCCUAAUCCUGGGUCUGGACUGGUACAUGAACAGCAUUACAACUUUUUCUAUUUUCUUGGAGUUGUUCUUGGAAAGGCAAUGUUUGAAGGAAUUCUUGUGGACAUACCAUUUGCAACAUUUUUUCUGAGUAAACUGAAACAGAAGCACAACUAUUUGAACGACUUACCUUCACUUGACCCAGAACUCUAUCGUCAUCUUAUUUUUCUGAAGCAUUACAAAGGGGACAUUUCAGCAUUAGAGCUGUACUUUGUCAUUGUGAGCAAUGAAUAUGGGGAACAAACAGAAGAAGAGUUGAUUUUAGGAGGAAAGGAAAUUCGGGUGACAAAUGAGAAUGUAAUUCGAUAUAUCCAUCUUAUUGCCACACAUAGGUUGAAUAUCCAGAUACGCCGCCAAAGUACGCACUUCUUGAGGGGAUUCUCGCAGCUGAUACAAAAAGAUUGGAUAUCAAUGUUCAAUGAACACGAACUUCAGCUUCUGAUAUCUGGAUCUCUUGAGGGCCUGGAUGUGGACGACUUGCGAUCUCAUACUCAUUAUAGUGGUGGAUACCAUGCUGAUCACUAUGUCAUAGAGAUGUUUUGGGGAGUUGUGAAGAGUUUUUCUUUGGAAAAUCAGAAGAAAUUUUUGAAGUUUGUGACUGGAUGCUCUCGAGGACCAUUGCUUGGUUUCAAAUAUCUGGAGCCUCAGUUUUGUAUUCAAAGGGCUGCUGGUGAUGCUUCUGAAGAAGCUCUUGAUCGAUUACCAACCUCAGCUACUUGUAUGAACCUUCUGAAACUUCCACCCUAUAGAAGCAAAGAACAGCUUGAAAACAAAUUGAUGUACGCAAUCAACGCAGAUGCCGGUUUUGAUCUCAGCUAAAUUACUAUAUCGAAUUUUGUUGCUAUCAACAGUUAUCUUUGUUGAUUAUCCUUACCGAAGGACACACUCGCCCAUCUAAGAGGACCCGUUCAAAGACUGUAGAACAUUUAGAAGUAGCAUCUGAACUCUUGGGGUGGAGACAGCCAGUUGCACCAAAAGAUCAGAAGAGAAAGUAUUCAAAUGUAAUAUAUACACAAAAAUACAUUUCUGUACAUAUCCCUGGGGUUAAGGCUGGUUUGGGGAACAACCGGCGACAGCUAGGUUUCAGCCCUUUUUAGUAAUGUCUCACUUUUUCUCAUAUUACUUGUGUCAGUUAGGGCUGCAAGAUUUGCGAGGAUGACUUUUUCAUUGUGUAAAUCAUCCAAUAGCGACGCUAUUUUAAAUAAUUGAACUAUUGUUACUAUGUUCAAGUACAGAGUAAUUUAUGAUGAGGUUAAAUAUGGAUGCACAAUAUUCUGUGAGGUG